AUGACCAGUGGUCAUCUCGUUUCUCGUGCCAGCGACUAUAUCAUUUACAGUGUGGAAGCCAAGAAUAUCGACGCUGUUGUCAGAACGUUUGGUCCAUCUACCAAAUUGGGGGCUAUCGUCGGUGGCCAGACGUCCUGCAAGGCCCCUGAAAUUGCAGCAUUCGAGAAACACCUUCCCAAGGAUGUCAGCAUCGUCUCCUGCCACUCUCUUCACGGUCCCGGCGUCGAUCCCAAGGGACAGCCACUCGUUCUCAUCAAGCAUCGCGCCGAUGAUGCGGCUUUCGCCUUCGUGGAGGGCGUCCUCUCCUGCCUGAAUUCGAAGCAUGUCUACCUAACUGCGGAGCAGCAUGAUCGUAUAACCGCAGACACACAGGCCGUUACGCACGCUGCGUUCCUCAGCAUGGGCGCUGCGUGGUUGGCAAACAACCAAUUCCCAUGGGAGCUCCCUCGCUAUAUUGGCGGUAUUGAGAACGUCAAGAUCAACGUUACGUUACGUAUCUACUCCAACAAAUGGCAUGUGUACGCAGGUCUGGCCAUCCUCAACCCCGCCGCCCAGAAGCAAAUCAAGCAGUACGCCGAGUCUGUCACGGAGCUCUUCAAGCUAAUGCUUGCCGGACACAAGGAGGAGCUGAGGAACCGCAUCUACACUGCACGUAAAGCCGUCUUUGGCGGGGAUCGCAAACGCGACCUGCUGUUAGAAGACUCGGUAUUGGAUAGAUUCUCCCUUGGGGAUAUUCCCGAGACGCGGCUCAAGAAUAACCAUCUGAGUCUGCUGGCUAUGGUGGAUUGUUGGUGGAAGCUGGGUAUUGUGCCGUACGAUCAUAUGAUCUGUUCUACGCCGCUGUUUCGUAUGUGGCUCGGUAUUACGGAAUACCUCUUCCGUAACGAGGAGCUGCUCGAAGAAGUCAUCGAGACCGCUAUCAAGGACAACACGUUUCGCGCCGACGAUUUGGAAUUUACCUUCGCCGCCAGAGAUUGGAGUUCCCGCGUCAGCCUGGGUCAUUUCGAAGGGUACCGCGAGAAGUUCGAGAAGAUACAGGAAUAUUUUGCGCCUCGGUUCCCAGAGGCAACGCGCUUGGGCAAUGAGAUGAUUAAAACCAUUUUAGAGAAGACGAAGGAGUCGUGA